UGCAAUGAUUUUCCCUAAUGGCCCAUUUAUUCGUCCACAUCCAAUUAUUUGGAGAAUUGUUUUUGGUUUAAGUGUUCUUUAUGCUUUGUUAUUACAAUUUACUUUAUAUCAAAGUUAUGAUGAUGUUAAAGCUGUUCUUUCUUGGAUUGAUCCUGUUGGGUUAAGUCUUCGAAAUUUAACUGAAAAGGAAUAUGCAGUUAAUUGUACAGAUGUAUCAAUUUCACGAAUUUGGGGUCAUAUGGAUAUUUUUGCUGUUGGCCAUUUUCUUGGAUGGGCAAUGAAAGCGUUAAUGAUUAGGCAUACAAUUAUUUGUUGGUAUAUAAGUAUUUCUUGGGAACUUACUGAGUUAGCUUUUGCCCAUUUACUUCCGAAUUUUCAAGAAUGCUGGUGGGAUGCAAUACUUUUAGAUAUUUUAAUUUGUAAUGGAUUUGGAAUUCUUUUUGGUAAUUGGGUUUGUAGAUUUUUGGAAAUGCGUCAAUAUCAUUGGGAAAGUAUAAAGAAUAUUCGAACAAUUCACGGUAAACUUCGUCGAGCAGUUCUUCAAUUUACCCCAGAAAGUUGGAUUACCGUUAAUUGGUUAAAAGGAAGUGAUUUAUCUUCAAACAAAAAAGAAGCCGAUUUAAAUACAGCAAAAAGUUUAUCACCAGAAAAUGUCAACAACAAAACUUUAAAAACCCCAGAAAAUGUCAAAACUCCAAUUUUAACCCCAACAUCAGCUUCUUCAAUUAGAUCUGUUGCUAUAAUGGCUGCUGAUGCUAGAGGGGAAGUUUCUACUUGGGCAUCUACUUGGGCGGGGUUAAAACGUUGUAUUGCAAUAUAUAUGUUCAUUAUGAUUUGGUUGGUAAGUUUUUCUGGGAAUUUUUUCGAUUAUUUAAAUUUUAGUAUAGGGAAAUGA